AAAAAAAGAAAAGAAAAAGAUUCCGAGGGCCAAGUUCUCCUGGGCGCGCUUGCUUACUUGAGAGCAAGCGGUGGAGAGUUUUACUGGAAGUUCCUUCAGGGUCGGCCGCAAGCAAGGUCAAAUGAUCGGGAUGAGAACGAUAUCCAAUAAUGCUCUCCUAAUAUAAUGCUUCCGGAAGUAUUGCUGGACUAGAUGUCUUUCUUCCCACAAAGUAGCAUGCCACCCUGUCUAUAGGAUUUCAGAGGUUUUAACAGAAGCACAAAAUGAGGCAAGCAGAAAUCAGAUAAUGGCAAAUAACUUCAAAAAUCUUGCCAAGAAAGCUGCAGUGACUUGUCCAGGCAGCCUCCAGGAGUCAAUACUAACCUGAAGGGCACCGGACUGGAGAAACUGGCAUAGCAUAAGCGAAACUGCAGUGAAACGUGUCUUUUACAAGGUUCUCUGAAUCUUGGCUGACUUGAGGUUUAAGAAAACGUCGGUUGCUGGGUGGAGCUGCUUCCUCUCGAUUAAUUGAAUAGCAAUGACCGGAGGGGCUCGAUUUUUUCUGAAAAGGUUUUAAUAGAAGAGCUCUCGUGCGAGCCUCCCGUGACGUCACCCGAUUCGCCCCCGCCCGGAGACCAGCCGCCCGCCUGUAGAAUUCGGAAGGAAAACAACCGUUGACACACGAGCAAUUGCUUAUCUCCUUCGCUAUUAAGUUAGAAGGCGGACUCUCGGCAACCGUUACUUCCCCAUGUGUGACGCACGCCGCGUCUUCAUUGGGGCAGCGUUCGAAAGGUUCGGCUGCAAUUGGAGAAAGCAGGAUGGAGAGGCGGGCUUUCGGAAGAGAACGUUGUGGCAAGCUCUGGAAGAUUCCUCCGCCCGCCAUAUAAACUUGGAAGGGGAAGCGCCUUCUAAAUUACAGCUCGAGUAGACUAGCGAGCGGGGUAGGUGGCCGUCUGCUGAGGGUGUUGUGAACGGCGAUGGGGAAAGAUUAUUAUCGUAUUCUGGGCCUGGCCCGCGGAGCUAGCGAAGAUGACAUUAAGAAGGCGUAUCGCAAGCAGGCGCUGCGCUACCAUCCUGACAAGAAUAAGGACCCUGGAGCUGAGGAGCGAUUCAAAGAAAUCGCCGAGGCGUACGACGUGUUGAGCGAUCCGAAAAAGCGCGAGAUUUUCGACAAGUUCGGCGAGGAAGGAUUAAAAGGUGGUGGUCCCAGUUGUAGUGGAGGAGGUCCUAAUGGUACUUCAUUCACUUACACUUUCCAUGGAGAUCCUCAUGCCAUGUUUGCAGAGUUCUUCGGUGGACGGAAUCCUUUUGAUACCUUUUUUGUUCAGCGGAAUGGGGAUGAGGACAUGGAUGUUGAUGAUCCUUUUUCAACUUUUCAAAACUUUGGCAAUAUUGGUUUUACUCGUGGUCGUGGAGGACAUGAAAACAUCCGCAAGAAACAAGAUCCUCCAAUCAUCCAUGAAUUGAGGGUGUCCUUGGAGGAAAUUUACACAGGUUGCACCAAGAAAAUGAAAAUUUCACACAAGCGUCUCAAUCCAGAUGGGAAAAGCACACGUAGUGAGGAUAAGAUUUUAACAAUAGAAGUAAAACGAGGGUGGAAAGAAGGAACCAAGAUCACAUUCCCCAAAGAAGGAGACCAAACACCAACCAACAUUCCAGCUGAUAUUGUUUUUGUUCUAAAGGACAAGCCACACAACACUUUUAAAAGAGAUGGGUCUGACAUUGUAUACCCAGCUAAGAUCAGCCUCCGUGAGGCUUUGUGUGGCUGCACUGUGAAUACACCAACAUUAGAUGGUAGAACCAUACCAAUGAUAUUCAAAGAUGUUAUUAAACCUGGCAUGAAGCGAAGAAUUCCUGGAGAAGGCCUUCCAUUUCCCAAGAAUCUAAAUCAGCGAGGAGAUCUUAUUAUUGAAUUUGAAGUAAGAUUCCCAGACAGAAUUCCACAGUCUUCCAAAAGCGUCCUAGAACAGAUCUUGCCAAUAUAAUAAGACUGGCACCAAUUGGACUGCACUACCUCUAAUAUGGAGGAUUACAGACUGGAAUCAAGAUUUCAGGGUCUGUUUUGGCAGUGGACAUGAGAGUAACUUUAUGUUACAAAAUGUUUCAAAGAAUCCAUUGAAAAAAGAGCAUUGCACUGCUAACUGACUUUAGACCCAGAUUGCCUUUGCUCAUAGCAUUUAUAACCGGGAACAUUUGCUGAAAGAAACAGGAAAACAUCUCAAAAAUUUGAAUCUGAGUAUGGCAACCAGUCAUGAUUUCUGCUUCAUCUAUUUGACAAGCCCUAGUCAGACCAUGCCCAUGCAGAUUCUCCUUAGAAAAAAAUGAGACUAAAAUCUAAACUGGACUUCAGAAGUAAACAUCUUCAAUCUCUUGUCUAUGUUGUAUUGUGUUGUCUUUGUCUUUUACAUUAUUUCCUGAAGGGGGAUAGGCUAUUUUUAGUAAGUGUUCAGAUUUCCAGCUUCCUUGAUAUUCCUAUGGUACUCUUUAAAUAGUACCAAAUGCUGACAUUCUGGAAAGAAGUUGUUCAUAUAGCCAUAAAAAUUUGCCUCUUUCAGAAAGUUGAAUAGGGCUUUUUCUAAUACCAGGCAGCUCUUGAAUGCAUGCAAAAAAAUUACAGGAAACCAUCUGAUUUACAGACUUGCCAGAGAAUUUUUUUCUAUACAGACAUAUUUAUAUGUCCUGCUGGAGGACUUAGUCUAAAAGAACUGAAUGUAUCAAGUCUGUCAAAUUUACAAUUGAAAUUUUUAAUAAAAAGACUUUGGAGUCUUGCUUAUUGAUAUCUAUGCUUAAAAUAUUUGUUUUGCAGUUUUGCUCCUAUGAUUAUUAAAAAUUUGAUAAAUGCCUAAUUAAAUCUGAUGAUUGCUGCAAAUUGACAAAAUAGCAGAUACUUAAAACUACACAUGAAUUGUCACUUUUCUGUCAUGGGAAAAAGACAUUGUGUAAUUCUAAACUUUUUUUUUAAGAAAAUUAUUAAAAACCAUUUGUUUUCUUCAGAUUGAAUCAAUGAUAAAGAUAAAUAAUCUUUACUGUAAUUAGAAUAUAGUUGUAGCUAUCCAAUGAAGAAUACAGAUUUUGUGCUGCCAAGUAUUUUGAACAGAAAUUCCACCAGGCUCUUUGAUUCUUCAGGAGGAUUAUUGCAGAAAAGUAAUAGAGAUGGUUAAGAAAUCUAGUCAAUUCUUCCAAAAAUGUAUAUUGUUUCAUAUCUCCAAUUAGAUUAUUGGUAAUUUAACACUUGACUGGUUUGGGGAAAGGACACAUUGUCAUUCACAGACAGUUAACAUUCUAAUGCUAAUACUAAAAGUACACACUCCUUGUUUGUAAGGAUUUAAUAAAUAUAAAUUCCAAAGUGUCAUAUAUUUGGUAUCCGUA